AUGAGUAUGGAAAAACUCCGGAAGCAGCGAAGUUUGCUGAAGGGAAAAAUGACUACCAUCAGAAACUUCAUCAUCAAGGCCACGACUGAGACAGCGCCCGAGGAGGUCACAGCACGUCUUCAGGCUGUGGAAGAAAUAUACACAAGAUUCCAGGGAAUAUCAGAGCAAAUCCUGACCAUUGACGAGGCCGAUCUUGCUGAUCAGGCCGAAGACAAUGAAUUCAAUGAACGAUAUUACAGCACUAAAGCAGCCUUAGCACAAUUAUUGGACAAGCUCAAGCCACGGUCGGGGGAACCGUCGGUCAGCGGCACACGCGGUUCAGCAGGCGAUACAAAAAUAAUGCAAAUCUUGGAACAACAAGCAAAUCUAAUACAAAAAUUAGCUGAGCGUAAUGACAAUGAAACGCUGGCGCGCACGCUGGAGCAUCAAGGUCAAUUGCUGGAAAGAGUGAACACGCAGUCAAGCACGUCCGUACGAGAAGCUCAUGUAAAAUUACCAACAAUGAAAUUACCAACAUUCGAUGGAAAUAUAGAGGAGUGGAAGAGAUACUCCGACACAUUCAAGACACUGAUUCAUGACAGCGAGUUAUCCGACGUGCAGAAACAUCAAUAUCUUGUCGGAUCAUUGAGCGGUUCAGCGGCUAAAAUUAUUGAGUCCAUCGAAAUCUCUGGAGACAAUUAUUUCAUUGCCUGGGAAUUAUUAAAGGAACGAUACGACGACAAAAAGGGUAUCAAGAAACGACACAUGCAAUGCUUACUAAACGAGCUACCUAAAAUAAGGCAAGAAUCUGCGGACACGAUACAGGAAUUGGUGGAUCACGUGCAAAAACAUUUGCGAGUAUUGCAAGCAAUGAAGCUUCCCACAGACCAAUGGGGAGAUAUAAUAAUUUUUCUCAUCGAGAAGAACUUGGACAGCACGACUAGAAGACGCUGGGAAGAACAUAUUGAGGAUAAGGAAAACAUAACGACAAGUACAAUGAUGGAAUUUCUUCGGCGGCAUAGCCAGCUAUUGCGACGGGCGGCUGAUGAUAGCGAGACUGGCACGUCAAGAAACAGUGUCGGCGAGGACAAUUCAAACAAACAGCGAACAACAAGCACGAAGGUACGAAACAAUGCAGCACUGGCGACAACAACGCGGGAAGGAAGAUGUUAUCUUUGUCAAGGACAGCAUCUCAUUUACGGUUGUGCGGGUUUCUUGAAUUUGUCUGUCGAGGAUCGAAUCAAGGAAAUCAAGCGGUUGCGACUUUGUCUGAAUUGCCUGCGACCGGAUCAUUUCUCUAGACAUUGCAGGUCCAGUUCCUGUAGGGAAUGCGGCGAGCGGCACAAUACGCUAUGUCACAUAAAGAGACGACCACUCGGUUCAUCGGCGGAGUUGACGAGGAGUUCAUCAGAGGAUUCGAGCGAGGCAUCCGUUGGUGCCACACUUUGCUCGAUGGCGAAUACCGAGGGCAGGUUGAGGACGAUCGACAUUAGAUCAUCUAAAGGUGCAUACCAUCAGCGUGUUGAGGACCAGCGUAAGCGUAUCUUAAUGGCAACGGCCAUCGUGAAUGUUGCAACGGCGAGCGGCGAUCUUAAAUUGCGAGUACUAUUAGAUAGCGCGAGCGAGCUCAAUUUUGUCACGUCUGCAGCAUGCAGGAGAUUGAAUUUGAAUUUAGAUAACAUUCAAGAACAUAUCAGUGGGCUGAGCGAUAUGAAAUGUACGAUAAAUCACGGUUGUAGACUUUCAAUCAAUUCGCGAAUGUCAAAUUUCAAUUUAAAUUUAUAUUGUUUGGUAGUUCCUCAAGUGACUAAGAAUCUGCCGUCGUUCUCAAUCCAAUCAUCAAGGUUAUUAAUUCCUGAAAAUCUUAAAUUAGCUGAUCCGUUAUUUUUCAAGCCGGGUCAGAUCGAUGCACUUAUUGGUGGCGAAUUCUUUUUGCAGUUGUUAGACCACGGAAGAAUUGAGCUCGGUAACGGUUUGCCGAUUUUGCAAAACACAAAGUUCGGAUGGAUUAUCGCGGGCUCAGUACCAUCACAUUUGAUCGUCAGUCGUGCGACCGAUUGUCCGUUGCCGAGCAAUCAAGGGUGUUUAUUAAUUCAGCAGGAAUCGAUCGAGGAUACGAUAAAAAAAUUUUGGGAAUUGGAAGAAUACCGCGAUAACAAGAAGCGAUUAUCUAGGGAAGAAGAAAGCUGUGAAAAUCAUUUCAUAAACACAACAAGUCGAGACGCGUUGUCCGGACGGUUUGUCGUGCGACUGCCCUUUCGUGAAAACAGGCGUCUGUUGGGUCAAUCGAGAGACAUCGCAGUGAAACGAUUAGAGUAUUUAGAACGUAAAUUUCAGAGAAAUCCAGAAUUUCGCGAUCGAUAUGCCGAAUUUAUGCGCGAAUACGUUAACUUAAAUCACAUGUCUAUUUGUGAAACCGACAAUGCUUCGAACGCAGUAUAUUUACCGCAUCACGGCGUGGUGCGCGAGUCAAGUCUAACAACAAAACUACAAGUGGUAUUCGACGCAUCCGCAAAAACCACUUCCGGUAUUUCGCUAAAUGACACAUUAAUGGUAGGAGCAACCUUACAGGAUAGCAUAAUCGACAUUGUUAUGCGUUUUCGUCUGCCGGCCGUCGCAAUUACCGCAGAUUUACAAAAAAUGUAUCGGCAAAUAUUGUUACAUUCAAAUGAUCACGACUAUCAAAGAAUUUUAUGGCGUUUUUCUCCGCCCGAUAGGCGAAUACAGACUAAAUACAGUUACCUAUGGUCAGGCAUGCGCACCAUUCUUGACUUCGAUUGCGAAAAUCAAGCGGUAGAGCUAGUUGCACAGCUUGAGGCAUUGCUGAAUAAGGGAGGAUUUAGGCCUCACAAAUGGCGUACAAAUAGCGAAAAAUUACUACGAGACUUGCGAGCGAACAAUCGAGCGGAGGAGUCGUCAGCGCUGGCGAUCGAGUCGGGCACUAUAAAAACGUUAGGAUUAAAUUGGUGUCCGAAGGCGGACAUGUUUCAGUUUUCAAUGGAUUUUGUGAAAAGUCCCGUUUCAACUAAGCGUGAGGUUCUCUCAACGAUUUCAAGAUUGUUUGAUCCGCUUGGGAUGGUCGGUCCUAUAUUAACUCGAGCAAAACUAAUUAUGCAGGAAACGUGGGUGUCGGAUUUGGACUGGGACGAACCAUUGACAAACAAUCUUCGUAAGGCAUGGGAUGCGUAUGUGAAAGAUGUGCGUGGGGUCGGUUCGAUCCGCGUACCGCGCAGAGUCAUUCAAUGCCCCAAUGCGAUGCGCUUCUGUUUACAUGCAUUUUGCGACGCGUCAAUGAAAGCUUAUGGAGCUUGCAUUUACUUGCAGUCGAGCGAUGGCAGCGGUGGAUCGAGUUCCCUUUUGUUAUGUUCAAAAUCGCGUGUGGCACCGGUCAAAAGUAAGACCAUUACAUUACCGAGGCUCGAAUUGUGUGGCGCUGUUGUUCUGGUUAGAUUGCUUCAGGGUGUGAAACGAGCCAUCAAGAUCAAGCUCGACGAAGUGCAUGCAUGGAGCGACUCUACGAUAGCUCUUGCGUGGAUCGCCGGCGAUCCGUCGCGUCAAAAAACAUUCGUUUCCAAUCGAACAGCCGAAAUACAGUCGGUUCUUCGGCCCGAGUAUUGGCAUCACGUCGACGGAGGUGAAAAUCCCGCGGAUCUAAUUUCAAGAGGAACUGACAAUAAAGUGCGUGUCGUAACUCUGAAAACAGCAAAUGGAACCUGUAAGCGAUCCAUCAACAAAUUGUGUAAACUUCCUGUAUCCGACGCGGCAGUGCAUCCAUGCCUAUCAUAA